AUGCAAGGAUCGUAUAAGGACAAGGGCCUCCCGCGGCCGUACUACAUGACGCCGUCAAAGAAGAAACACUCGCCCUACAACGACCUCCCGCAAAACUUCUUCAACAGCAGCCGCCGCAAGCUUAUCGGGUAUCUUGUCGUGCUCCUGUUGUUCGGCACGAUGAUGUGGUGGAUAUCGCAAGACUUGCGGGUCCAGCCCGAGCCCAUCUACGAGGUCGUCCACCACGACGACGCCGCCGACGCUCUGAUGCAAAACGGGUUCGACAUUGGCAACGUCAACAUCAAGGACAAUAUGAAAGAAGCCGACAAUGCCGACCUUGCUGCGGGGCUCUCUGCCGGCAGCAAAGGCGAUAAAGGCUACGCCGUCGACGAAGCACCCAAAGGGGGCAUUGCCAACGAGGACCUCGUCGUCGGCAGCGACGAGGACCUGAUUGUGGGCAACGGCAAGGCGAAGCCGAAGCAAGGUGGCGGGGUCGGCAAGGGCAAGGUGGCGCUGGCGCCGGGGGCCGCUGCGGCCAAAGGUGACCGGGCCCAGGCCAAGGGCUACAAGGCGGACAAGGAAUAG